UCCCUCUCUGUCCCCUCCCCUCCCCUCUCUCCCUCCCACCCCAAGCUGCUCUCACAAACUCCUUUCUUAGCGUAGGUUUCUCCCCUCCCGCCGCCCGAGCGACACGGCUGCGGCCCCCCUCCCCUCCCUUCCCUCCCUCCCUCCCAUCCCCCCCUCCCCGAGACCCACCGAACCCCGAACCCAGAUGGCCGAAGUGGAUUCCCCCUCUUAACGAUCUGGCGUCUCCCUCGACCACCACCUCUUUGUGCAGCAGCCCCCUGGUAGACCUGCUCCCGAGGUACCCAGUGAACGCUCAGGACCAGAGAGAACCAGCCACAUGAAUACACCCAGUCCCACCUCGAAGAGUGAAGCUCCCCAGUGCCCCCAGCCCCGAUCCUGGCAUCAUGCAUCGGGCCACACGGAUCAAAAUCACGGAGCUGAACCCUCACCUCAUGUGCGCCCUCUGUGGGGGGUACUUCGUCGAUGCGACCACUAUCGUGGAGUGCUUGCAUUCCUUCUGCAAAACUUGCAUCGUGCGCUACCUGGAGACCAACAAAUACUGCCCCAUGUGUGAUGUGCAGGUCCAUAAAACCCGACCGCUUCUGAGUAUCAGAUCUGACAAAACCCUCCAAGACAUUGUCUACAAAUUGGUCCCUGGGCUUUUUAAAGAUGAGAUGAAACGGCGACGAGAUUUCUAUGCAGCGUACCCCCUGACAGAGGUCCCCAAUGGCUCCAAUGAGGACCGCGGCGAGGUCUUGGAGCAGGAGAAGGGGGCGCUGAGCGAUGACGAGAUUGUCAGCCUCUCCAUCGAGUUCUACGAAGGUGUCAGGGACCGGGAGGAGAAGAAGGGCCCCCUGGAGAAUGGGGAUGGGGACAAGGAGAAGCAGACAGGGGUGCGCUUCCUGCGAUGCCCAGCAGCCAUGACCGUCAUGCACCUCGCCAAAUUCCUUCGCAACAAGAUGGAUGUACCCAGCAAGUACAAGGUGGAGGUUCUUUAUGAGGACGAGCCCCUGAAGGAGUACUACACCCUCAUGGAUAUCGCCUACAUCUACCCCUGGCGACGGAAUGGCCCUCUCCCUCUCAAGUACCGUGUCCAGCCAGCCUGCAAGAGACUCACCCUGCCCACAGUGCCCACUCCUUCCGAGGGCACCAACACCAGCGGGGCAUCCGAGUGUGAGUCAGUCAGCGACAAGGCUCCUAGCCCUGCCACCCUGCCGGCCACUUCCUCUUCCCUGCCCAGCCCUGCCACUCCCUCCCAUGGCUCUCCCAGCUCCCAUGGCCCCCCAGCCACCCACCCUACCUCCCCCACUCCCCCUUCGACAGCCAGUGGGGCCACCACAGCUGCCAACGGGGGUGCCUCGAACUGCCUGCAGACGCCAUCCUCCACCAGCAGGGGGCGGAAGAUGACUGUCAACGGAGCUCCUGUGCCCCCCUUAACUUGAGGAAAGGGGUCCUUUCCUCCUUUGCAGCCACCUCACCACUCCUUUCACUUUUUCUGGGCCCUUUUUUUCCACCUCUUCUACUUUCCCCAGCUCCUCCCACCAUAGAGGUGGGAGGUGGGUUUUAUAAAUAAAUCUAUAUAUAUAUAUAUGUACAUAGGAAAAACCAAAUAUACAUACUUAUUUUCUAUGGACCAACCAGAUUAAUUUAAAUGCCACGGGGGGCGGGUAGGGGGAGAACCCUGUGUGUGUGUGUGUGUGUGUGUGUGUGUGUGUCUGUGUGUGUCUGUGUGUGUCUGUGUGUGGUUUGUUUUUAGGGGGUCUUGUAUAAUUUGCUCUGCUCUUUGGGGGUUGCCUGGAGGUGAACUCAAGGGGCUACUGGAGAGGUAAAGUUCUACCCCAUUCCUCCCUCUGCUUCCCAAAGCAGAUGGAAUAUUGGGGGACCCCACCAGCCUCCAAAGCUUUAGACACAGCUCUUUCUGGCCAGGUAUGGGGUCGGUCUACCAUGUUUCUGUACCCAUCUUGGCUGCUGUCCUGCCCCUGCCCAGCCCCCAUUGCUGAAUGUCCAGAGAAUUUCAAAGACAGUGCCUUUUAUAAGUGCAGUUUGUCCCCUGGAUCUGAGGAGCAAGUGGGCAGCGAGAAGGCAUCUCCCUCACCUCCUCAUGCAGUGGAAAUCUCGUGCAAAGACUAGAUAGUUCUGCCCUUUCUUCCUGCGUGUGUGGCCUUUGCAUCAUUUAUCUUGUAGAAGAGAAGGUCCAGGCGCAGGGGAGCCCAGCCCUGGAAAGUCCAUGUGUGGCUUUAGCAACAUGAACUGCUCCGCUCCCUCCUGCCCCUACCCUGGCCCAGGACCCAUACUAGCAAGACUGGUGGUGAAGCCUCACUUGGGGACCCAGAGUGGAGGGGCGGGAUGAGAACCUCAGACAAGCACACGCCCAGGUCCUGCCAAAGCAAACGGUCCUCCAGCCCCCCCUUGCCACUCCCAGCUAAGGCCGAAUCAGGACAGUGACAGAGGCAUCUAGAAGCACAAGAAAACACAUCUGGUAAGCUCUGACCCCACUCAACCUGAGAGGUCAACAGAACACUCCUCAGGGGCAGGCCCCGGCAGAUCCCUGCUGACCUCGUUUUCCUCAAAUGUACAUAGAUCUGGGAGGAGGCCAGACUGUCACAACUAGGUGUGUGGGGUUGGGAGCCCCCAUGGCUCUGUCUGUUUGCUCCUUGUCCUGUUUGAGGUCCUGUGACUGUAUCCUCCUCCUGCACUGGGACAUUUGUAUCUUGGCUUUGUAAUAAAUGCUGCAUCCU